CUUGGAAUGUUUGCUUGCUCUAGUGAUAUGAACUACAAAAUUAGGCGAAACGUUGUUCCAUAACGUAGUGCACCAGGUUAGACUUUGACCUUUCAACAUAUUCAUUUUAGGAGCUGCGUAAAUAUAUAACUAAAAUGCAUUCAGUUGAUACUGCCCCAGUUGAAAUUACUAAGGACCGAAGAAGGUGGACCCAGAUUGUUGAUUCCAUAAAGAAGGCCAUAUUUAUACUGGGAACAACAUGUGUUUUUAUCAUUGCAGCCAGCAACUCUAUAACCUGGCAUUUACAAAGAAUCUGGGGUGCCUCGGGGAAUCUGUGGCAGAACACAUGGAACCGAAUUUAUCUGGCUUUUGGAGAAAAUGAUCUUUUAAUUGGUCUAUUUGGAACUUAUGCUCUCUCCAUGAGUGUGUUCUGGAUUGCCAACUUCUUUCUUCUGAUUAUUGAAAUUACUAAAUGGCCACAGUUUUUGACCAAGUACAAAAUACAAGAAGACCCUAUCACAGAGAAACACAAACCCAUGCUGAAGAAAACACUACAGGUGGUAGUAUUUAACCAGACUGUGAUUGGCAUACCAUUCAUGGUCCUGACCUACUAUCUCUUUGAAUGGCGGGGCUGUGCAUUUCAUGGGGAGCUACCCACAUUCCACUGGUUUCUAUUGGAACUCACAGUAUUCUCCCUUGUAGAGGAGCUGGGGUUUUAUUACUCACACAGGAUGAUGCACCACAGAAAUUUGUACUCCUACAUACAUAAACGCCACCACGAAUGGACUGCUCCUAUAGGCAUAAUCUCCCUGUAUGCCCACCCUAUUGAGCACAUCAUCAGUAACCUGCUACCCCCUAUCCUGGGCCCCUUGUUGAUGAAGUCUCACCUGUGCUCUAUCUGGGUGUGGUUCACCGUUGCCCUGCUGUCUACCACCAUCUCUCACUGUGGCUACCACUUCCCUCUUUUACCAUCACCAGAGGCCCAUGACUACCACCAUAAGAUGUUUAUUAACAACUUUGGUGUUCUUGGAAUCCUGGAUCGGCUACAUGGAACGGAUCUGAACUUCAGGGCCAGUAAAGCUUACCAGAGGCACGUUCUGCUACUUGGGCUGACCCCUCUCUCCCAGCAAAUCCCAGACUCCCCUUCCAAAAAGUCUGAAUAAGUGAAGGUCUAUGCUCUUUUACUGAAAAGACUUGUGCUUUUAAAAGAGCCCCAUUUUUAUCUUUCUCUCCAGAACCAUCGAGACAAUUUCAGUCCAACUGUUCACAAAAUAUGUUUAGGUGUGAAAGUGGAUUCAAGAUAAUUCAAAGUUUUCUGUUAAUUAUAGUGUAACAACUGGGGCUUGUUUAGAAGAUAUGUUGCUUGCAAGUUUUUAUGCAUCUUCGCUAGCCAAGGGUUUUCGGUCUACUCUGCUCCCCAACCCUUGGCUAGCGAAGAUGAUCUGUUUGAAGAAAAUUAACACAGAUAUUUGAUGAACAUAAGUCUGCUCUAUUGAACAAGGGUCCAGGGUCAAAAAUCGGCCACUGUUGUCUGAGUUGGGAUUAUUUUUCUGUAAUUGAUCCAAGCUACUGGUAGUAAAUGAACAGUACUUGAGUUUGACAUACCGUAGUUUCUUAAGUGAGUGAUGUGAUCCAUUGAUGUUUGGUUUGAAAUAUGUGUGUUUCUAAUGGCUUAUUUAUGAAUCAAGAUUACCGGUAUUCUUGUGUGAUAUGUUUGCUACUUAAUCAGAUAUUUUUGUUAAAAAAAUUGUACACAAAUUGAACAGAUGGAAUCUCUCUAUACAUUUACAUGUAAAUACCACCACCAAAAAAAGGGAAGAGAAAUGCAAUUGCAUACUUUUUUUUUUUUAUAUAAGACACAUUUUCAAUUUGCAAUUUUUGAAAAUAUUUUAAAUUUUGCAAUUGGUCUUGAACUUGGGUAGCAUAAGUCUUCAAAGAAUCUCAAUGAUCUGAUCAAAAUGAAACAUUAAACAAGAGUUGAUUAUUUUGUUUUUAAUAAAAUAUGUAAUAUUUUUAUAUCACGUUUGUUGUUUAAUUUUGAAUUAAGAAGUAUUGAUAAUACUCUAGUCUGCAAUGUCUGCAUUUACGUAUUUGUUUAUUGUUAUUUAUUUGAUAUUUUCAGCUUGAUUGUGAUAAAAGACUAGCAUUGUUUACAAAAUUUGUAAUAUGAAUUUUUUAUUGUGUAAUAUUUGUGUAAGUUAUUAUAAGAAUCAUAAAUAUGGUGUGUCUUGUGUUUAAAGCAUUUUGUCUCUAAUAAAAGGACCACAAACAAAAAUAA